AUGCCAAGAGGCUGCAGCGUCCCCGGCGGACGCUGUCGCGACGAAGCCGAGCGAGGGGCGGGUGACCCGGAGCCAGGCAGGGCGGGGACAGGCGGCGACGUCCAAGACGGCCGCCAGGAAGCCGGCGGCCACGGCGGCGGUGGGGACGGCGCGGAGAGGGGGCAGGAAGCACCGGGGGGGCGGAAAGGGGCGGGGCCAUCCGGCAGGAAAGGGGUGAGGCCGUCCGUCAGUAAAGGGGCGGGGCCGUCGGUCAGGAAAGGGGCGGGGCCGUCGGUCAAGAAAGGGGCGGGGCCGUCCGUCAAGAAAGGGGCGGGGCCGUCCAUCAAGAAAGGGGCGGGGCCGUCGGUCAAGAAAGGGGCGGGGCCGUCGGUCAGGAAAGGGGCGGGGCCGUCGGUCAGGAAAGUGGAUUCGCAGAAGGGAGCGUCGCCGUCAAGGGAAGGGGGAAAGUCGGGGAGGGUGGCGGAGGAGUCGAAGGCCGACGGAGGCGACGACGAGGAGGAGGGGCCUCAGGAGGCCGCUGCCGUGCCGAGGAGCGGCGGGGGAAGAGCGAAGGGGGCCAAGGCCACGGGGGGAGAGGCGGCGACAAAGGGAGAGGCGGUGAAGAUGAAGCAGAAGAGGAGGAGGGGAGAGGAGGAGGGAGAGGGGGUGAAGCAGAAGGAGGGAGAGGCGGUGAAGAAGGGAGAGGCGGUGAAGGAGGCGGUGAAGGAGGGAGAGGCGGUGAAGGAGGCGGUGACGGAGGGAGAGGCGGUGAAGAAGGCGGUGAAGGAGGGAGAGGCGGUGAAGAAGGAGGUGAAGAAGGGACAGGCGGUGAAGCAGAAGGAGGGAGAGGCGGUGAAGAAGUUGGUGAAGAAGGGAGAGGCGGUGAAGAAGGAGGUGAAGGAGGGACAGGCGGUGAAGCAGAAGGAGGGAGAGGCGGUGAAGAAGGCGGUGAAGAAGUUGGUGAAGAAGGGAGAGGCGGUGAAGAAGGAGGUGAAGGAGGGACAGGCGGUGAAGCAGAAGGAGGGAGAGGCGGUGAAGAAGGCGGUGAAGAAGUUGGUGAAGAAGGGAGAGGCGGUGAAGAAGGCGGUGAAGGAGGGACAGGCGGUGAAGCAGAAGGAGGGAGAGGUGGCAGCUGCGGCCGUGAAGCCAGACGCUCCGUCGAAGAUGCAGCAGAGGAAGAAGCAGCAGAGGAAGAAGAAGCGGGAGGGGGUGGAGGAGCCGAAGAAGCCGAAGAAGGCGGCGGUGUCGCCGGCCGUGGCGGCGGGCGACACCGCCGCCGCCGCCCCGGCAGGGACGCCGCCGCCGGGCAGCGCCAACGGGAAGAUCCCCGGCGGGAAACACCGCCCCCGGAGCGAGGGGGGCGCCGGGCCGCCCGCCAAGCGGCCCAAGGUGGCGACGGAGAGCUCCGGCGCCGGCGCCGGCGCCGGCGCCGUGGCCACGUUGGCGACGCCGGCGGCGGUGCCCAAGAAGCCCGGGGCGAAGUCGGGGCGCGGGCCGCAGCGGCGAGGGGCGGCGGCGGCGGCGGCGGAGGCCGCAGCCGCCAAGCCGCCGAGGGGCGGCAAGGAGAUGUGCCGCUCCUGCUUCGCGCUCUUCAACGGCGCCGACGAGUUGAGCCGGCACCGCGGCCCCGCCGCCGGCGCGGCCUCCUUCCCGUGCGGCCACGCGGGCUGCCGGUACGUCGCCGCCGACCGGCGCUCGCUCACCAACCACCGCAUCUCGGACCCCUGGUACAGCCGCUGGCGCCUGUGGGACAGCGGCGAGGCCCGCGGGAGCGGGCGGCGGCGCCAGCGCUGGGCCGAGGCGGCGGGGGAGACCGUCGCCACCGACGGCCGCCGCCUGCCCGGCCUGAGGCCCCGGUGGUCGGAGCCGCUGGCCGCGGUCGCGGCCGCCAAGGGAACGUUCUCGUCGGGGAAGGCGGCGGCGGCGACAGCAAAGAAGACGCCGCCGUCGACGACGACGCCGCCGCAGUCCCGGACUUCGCCCCCGAGCCAGCGGCAGCGCCGACGUCGCCGGCCGCAGCCGGCGGCGGCGGCGGCUGCGGCGUCGGCGCGGCUCCGGCCGUCGUCGUCGUCGCCCGAGACGGCCGAGUCCCUGCUGAACGCCAUCGCUCGCGACUUCAGCCCCGCGCCGUCCUCACCGGACUCCGGCGGCCUCUCGGACGCCGGAGGAGACGCCGUGGACGGCGCCGGUGGCGCCGGGAACGAGAGGGGAGCGCGGCGUCCCAGCGGGUCGGUCGAGGGGUCGACGGCGGCGGCCAAGAAAAGACGGCGGGGCGAGGAGGAGGCGGCGGCGGAGGAGGAGGAGGCGGGCGACGAGAAGCGGCAGCGAUGCCGGGACGAGGCCAAGGCGGGCGACGAGGAGCCGCUGCCUUGGCCGCACCAGGAGCGGGGGGCGGAGCAGCUGGAGGAGGAGGAGGAGCGGGAGGAGAGACGGCAGACGGCAGAGGGGGAAUGCCGGGAAGCCGCCGUGAUGAACACUGCGGGGGAAUGA